GCGGCCGCCCUCGGCCCCGCCGCCGCCGCCAUGGCCAUGAGGCAGACGCCGCUCACCUGCUCGGGCCACACGCGGCCCGUGGUGGACCUGGCCUUCAGCGGCGUCACGCCCUACGGCUACUUCCUCAUCAGCGCCUGCAAGGAUGGGAAACCCAUGUUACGCCAGGGAGACACAGGGGACUGGAUCGGCACGUUCCUGGGUCACAAGGGUGCUGUGUGGGGCGCAACACUGAACCAAGAUGCCACGAAAGCGGCCACGGCGGCUGCGGAUUUCACCGCCAAAGUGUGGGACGCGGUCUCGGGGGACGAGCUGAUGACCUUGGCGCACAAACACAUCGUCAAGACGGUGGACUUCACGCAGGACAGUAAUUACUUGUUAACCGGGGGCCAGGACAAACUACUGCGCAUCUAUGACUUGAACAAACCAGAAGCAGAGCCCAGGGAGAUCGGCGGGCACACGUCCGGCAUCAAGAAGGCCCUGUGGUGCAGCGACGACAAGCAGAUCCUCUCCGCCGACGACAAGACCGUCCGCCUGUGGGACCACGCGUCCAUGACGGAGGUGAAGUCCCUGAGCUUCAGCAUGUCGGUGAGCAGCAUGGCCUACAUCCCCGAGGGCGAGAUCCUGGUGCUCACCUACGGACGCACCAUCGCCUUCCACAGCGCCCUCAGCCUGGACCCCAUCAAGUCCUUCGAGGCCCCCGCCACCAUCAACUCGGCCUCGCUGCACCCCGAGAAGGAGUUCCUCGUGGCGGGGGGCGAGGACUUCAAGCUGUACAAGUACGACUACAGCAGCGGGGAGGAGCUGGAGUCGUACAAGGGGCACUUCGGGCCGAUCCACUGCGUGCGCUUCAGCCCCGACGGCGAGCUGUACGCCAGCGGCUCGGAGGACGGCACGCUGCGCCUGUGGCAGACGGUGGUGGGCAAGACCUACGGCCUGUGGAAGUGCGUGCUGCCCGAGGAAGAGAGCGGAGAGCUGGCCAAGCCCAAGCUGGGCUUCACCGAGGGCGCCGAGGAGGAGCUGGAAGAAAUCGCUUCAGAGAACUCGGAUUCCAUCUACUCCUCCACCCCCGAGGUGAAGGCCUGAGCGCGCGUGCGCGGAGGGUGCGCAUGCGCGGAGGAGCCGCCGCGCGCGCCCCCCGGUCCCGGUCCGACCACCCCAACCACCCCACGGCAGAAGACGCCGGGCGCGGCCGGCUGCGGUGACAGUGUCGGAACCGCAGUGCGCGCGAGCCCGCGCCAGCGCCAGCGCCUCCUUCCAUCAGCGCCCGCAGCUCCCGGACCGGAGGGGGCGGACAGCGCCGGCCGGCCCCCUCCCUCGACUCCCCCUCUCCCCUCCCCC